UGAUGGCUCUCAUCUGUGAAUGAAACUGGUCGGCGUCGGCGUGGCGCUGGUCCUAUUGAUUUCGGACACAGCUGCCCGCCGAGUGCAGUAUCGGCUUGCCAGUUCGUUGUCGCCGCUGUGUGUUAGGUAACGGGGACAGAGCAUGUAUUUCGGCGAUCACUUACAACUGCCUGUCGCGAGAAAGGACUGCUCUUGUGCGCUUACUCUGUUCGUCCGUCAUUUCACGUGUGGCGCAUCCUCCCGUCGCAUUCGUGAACACGAAGCGCGAAAACAAAGUCGGGUUAUGGACUCCCUGAACAGCGUGUCGCGCUGACGCAUUGAGCGGCAGGCAUGUCUGAGCUAUUAAUGGCUCAGUGAGGGUAAUCAAAGAGGUCUGUACAUAGUAGAACGUGGUGAUGGCUUCAAAGAUGCCGGAAAUGACUUAUUCUUGUGAAAUAUGUGGAGUUGAAGGAUUAAACGAAGAGGAGAUGCGUUCACAUAUGGUGGUGUACCAUUUAGAAGGUGCUGUUUCAUGUCCUUUUUGUGAUCUGGGUGAAGUGUCUGCAGAACAGUUGUUAAUGCACGUAAAUAGUGCUCAUUUGGACUAUUUAACCCCUGAACAAGAAUUGCUUGCAUUCAUUGAUGAUGAAGAUAUUGAUGGUAGGGAUGACUCUUGUGUUCCUUCAAGACCUUUGCCUUGGGAACUUUAUCCUGAACCAGGUACUGACAGUGCCAGUAGCUGCUGGGAAAAUAACAUUAACAACAACAAUAAUAACAAUAAUAAUUACUGUGGUGCAGGAAGGAGUACAGACCCUGAUCCAAGUCACAGCACUUGCACGGUGGCAUCCAGCAGCUCAGUUGCUGGCUCUGGUUCUCCCUUGCGUUCACAGUUAGCUUUAGAUCUACGAGCAAGUGCUUCACCUGGUCCAAACCCUGCUUGUAAAAAGUCCGUCCAACCACAACAGUGCCCCAUGUGUUCUUACACCAGUUUGGAUCCUCUGCAGCUUGAAGAACAUAUCAACAGGCAACAUUUUGAUCUGACGAGCCCAUCAUUCCCACCGGCAACACCACCUGGAUUGGAGGAAUCUGUGUACAGUUGUCCACUUUGUGUACGAACAUUUCAAAACAGUCCAGAUUUAGAACUGCAUGUAAACAUUGAACAUAAAGACAUUCUUAGCCCUGCAAAGCCACAGCAGCCUGUAAAUAGUGUGGAGAACUGGAGUGAUAGCUGUCCUGUAUGCUGUAUGACUAACUUCAAGAGCAAUCAGGAGAUGGUAGCCCAUAUUGAAGAACAUUUUAAUAAUAAGGGCUUGUCACCUAUUACUCCAGACAUGUCCUGUGAUCGGAUGUUGGCUCGAGAAAUAGAGAAGCGGGAAAGAGAAGUUCGCAGAUUACGUGAGCAACGAGAAUUUGAAAUGUUAAGGGCCCAAUAUGGAAUGGACAAUCAAGGGAACUUCAGAGAACAGAGUCUGACCAACAUGCAGAAAGCUGUGUAUGCAGGAGAAAUGUCUGUUUCUGAUUACUAUGAGAGACAAAUUGAACUUCGUGCAGCAGAAAGUAAUGGGGUUGAUGAUGGUAGCUCUUGCACAAAAGGUCUUGUUCCUAAGAUACGUGGUGUCAGUUCUUCUUCGGCAAAUGUAAUCAGAACAUACAUGUGUACCACUGUUGACCAUUAUGCCUCCACCUAUGGUGAUAAAGGCUGGGGCUGUGGCUACAGAAAUAUGCAGAUGAUGCUGUCUUCAUUGCUACAUCAUACAGGCUACAAUGAACAGCUGUAUAAGCCUUCUUUAGUUGGGGGUGGUCUCUAUGGGUUAGGUAACCGAUCCUGUGGUCUUGAGAUGCCUAGCCGUAGUGCCAUGCCAUCAAUCUCUCGUUUACAACAACAUAUUGAAUGGGCAUGGAGUCAGGGCUUUGAUCUCCAGGGGAGUGAACAGCUUGGUGGAAAACUCUUCAAUACACGAAAGUGGAUUGGAGCAACUGAAGUAGUCACAGUUCUUUCUUCCCUUAGGAUACGGUGUCAACUAGUAGACUUUCAUCGACCAACAAGUGCUGAUGGAAGUCAUCCUGAACUAUUUGGCUGGGUUUUGGAAUACUUUCAAAAGAAUGAAGAAUUCAAACCACCACUCUAUCUUCAGCAUCAAGGCCACAGCCGUACUAUAGUAGGUGUGGAACAGCUGAAAGAUGGAGGAAUAAAUCUCUUAGUGUUCGACCCCAGCCAUACACCACACCAAAUGGCUCAGUUUCAAAACACAUCAACUGCAGUAUCAGGCAUGCGCCUUAUACGGAAAUCCUUAGCUUCAAUGAAAGCUCGCCAGUACCAACUAGUAGCAGUAUGUGGUAUAAUGGAUACGGAACAUGAAUAUCAGCAAAGUAAAAUUCUGCGAUCAGUACGAGUCCCCCAAGAUCGAUGAUAACACCUAUUUUAUUAGGACUGCACCAAGGGUGUUAAAUUUGGUUUUGUACAAAGUUGUUUCAUACAAACUCUAUGAUCUCAUCAUCCGGAUAUUUAGAAACGAAACAUCUGACAGGGAUUAGUGAAAACAGUGAAUUAUGUGACAUGUUAGCGACAACAUCUGUGUACUUCCAGCGACUGCCAUUUGUAAAUAUAAUUUUAAAACGAUUGCCUUAGACUACUUUUUUCUUAUUUAUCAAAUGGGUACUAGGCCACAUUUUAAAAUGCCUUAUGUAUGUGAUUUUCUAGCUGUUUCUGGUAGCGUUGUUUGACAUUCAUUUAAAAUAUGGAAGCAAAGCAACAGCAACUAAUUUGAUGUCUGUGAUCUUUUCUUUGUUGAAUUGUGCAAAUGUGUACGUGUCAAGUAACUUCAAGAACAAGCUAUCAUUACUGUUAUCAAGAUCCUGAUAUCUGAAUUAAGGGGUGGAGUCAUCUACCAUUCUUUUAUGAGGUCUUAGUGACUUGUUUCAGGAUUGGUUCAUAGGAAAAUCAAAAAUGUUACUAAUGGUAUUUUCUGCAUCUGUUGUAACCAUAUGUUAGAGGUGUAAAAACUGUGUGCUUCUUUGCAUGAUAGUUGUACUUCUGAUGUCAUUAUGUUAUCAUUUUAACUUUCAGUUAUUAUAUUUGUUUUAUACCAUCAUUGAUUCUAAUCUCUUAACACAUUGAAAAGAAUGGAAUUGUAGUUUGCCUGUGUUAGUGUUGUACUCAUUUUUCACUUUUCCUCUUGAAUAAGUAAGGCCAUAGAAACUGUAGGUAAAGUCACCAUCUUGUACUACAAGUAAUCUAAUUUGCUAUACUCUGAUGGCAAAAGAAUAUCUAUGACAGUUGACAGUAUUGUUGCCAGGUUUCUAAUGUGAAAUUAGCAAUAGUUUUCUAGGACUGUGACAACACUGAUGUGUUGCCAUACAGUCAUAAACAAAAUCACAUUAUGUGGUUGAUCAUGGUAAGUGUGCAAAGUAUUCAUACAAAUCCCAUUUUAAUUUUCAGCUGCUCACCAUACUAUAGUCAUGUCAUUCUUAUCUGCUUAUAAGAGAUGGUGACAAGAUCCUGAUUACAGUACUGAAAAGUCCUGAAUUUCAAAUAAUAGUGAUGUGAGAAAAGGCUGCCAGUUACCUACUAGUUUUUUGUUGCAAACAGAC